UGACACUAUCAAAGCGCGUCUACUCAAGAACACAUUUCCGCGGUAACUAGCCAUAGCUUAGUUGCCUUUCAGUCGCGUUUACAGGCAAUGUUUUGGUCUAUCAGCGACACAGGACACCCAGCAUUUCACUAGAAACCAAUACGAGAUAUUAAAAGACAGACAGAAAGAAAGAAUGAACAGUCGACUGCAAGAAAUCCGUGAGCGGCAGAAGCUGAGGCGGCAGCUUUUAGCUCAACAGUUGGGAGCUGAAAGCGCAGACAGUAUUGGUGCUGUGCUAAACAGUAAAGAUGAGCUGAAGGAGAUAGAGGAGACCAGGGAAACAUGCAGAGCUUCAUUUGACUCUACGGUCCCAUCGUCCAAACGGAAAGCUCAGGCAGAGGGAGAGGACACAGAGGAAGAUGUGGAGGAACAAAAGGAUGAAGUGGAGGUGCAGCAGCCUGAAGAAAGUAACCCUUACGAGGAAGUAUACAAGGACUCAAGUACUUUCCUCAAGGGCACCCAGAGUCUCAAUCCCCACAAUGAUUACUGCCAGCAUUUUGUGGAUACAGGACACAGACCUCAAAACUUCAUCCGGGACGUUGGCCUGGCUGACCGGUUUGAGGAGUAUCCUAAACUCAGAGAGUUGAUCAGACUGAAGGAUGAACUCAUCUCCAGCACCAACACUCCUCCCAUGUAUCUCCAGGCCGACCCAGAACAUUUUGAUCUGCGGGAUUUGAAGUGCAAGUUUGACGUGAUUCUGCUUGAGCCUCCACUGGAGGAGUACUACAGAGAAUCAGGCAUCAGCCACACUGAACGUUUCUGGACCUGGGACGAUAUUAUGAAGCUGGAGAUUGAGGAGAUUUCAGCUCUACGCUCCUUUGUCUUUCUCUGGUGUGGUUCUGGAGAAGGCCUGGAUCUUGGCAGAAUGUGUUUGAGGAAGUGGGGCUUCAGACGGUGUGAGGAUAUCUGUUGGAUCAAGACCAACAAGAACAACCCAGGCAAGACCAAGACACUAGAUCCAAAAGCAGUUUUCCAGAGGACAAAGGAGCACUGCCUCAUGGGAAUUAAAGGAACGGUGCGUAGGAGUACAGAUGGUGAUUUCAUCCACGCCAACGUGGAUAUCGACUUGAUCAUCACUGAGGAACCAGAGAUGGGAAACGUGGAGAAACCCGUAGAGAUCUUCCACAUCAUCGAGCACUUUUGUUUGGGCCGCAGGAGGCUGCACCUGUUUGGACGAGACUCGACCAUCAGACCAGGCUGGCUGACGGUGGGCCCCACUCUGACAAACAGUAACUUCAACCCAGAGGCCUAUGCAUCCCAUUUUGCCAUCCCCAACUCCCACCUGUCUGGCUGCACCGAGGAAAUAGAGAGGCUGCGGCCCAAAUCUCCUCCUGCCAAGCUUAAGUCUGACCGUGGUGGCGGAGCACCCAGGGGGGGACGUGGUGGGCCAAAUGCAGGAAGAGGCGGAGACAGGGGCCGCGAGAGGAAUAGACCAAAUUUCCGUGGAGACAGAGGAGGAUUCAGGGGCAGGGGGGCACCACAUAGAGGCUUUCCCCCUCGCUAGAGCUAAGAACUCAUCAUAACCAUAGACUGAUGUUUAGAAAUGCCCAUUUCUCUGACUAGAGAUAAACACAUGUACAAACAUGUGCUUUUUCUUUUUUUAAACAUAGCAGUUAGUGCAUUGGAGUUUAUGGGUAUGAUAUAUGUUUAAAUAUGAAUUUUUGCUUGUUUACAUGUAUUUUUUCAUGGACAUACUUUGGUAGAUUAAAUAGGGAUUGUCUGAAUAAACACAUUCCUUUCUCUA